CUCCUCACAGUCUCCCUUUUUAAAGUCACGAGACCACACACACAUUCACUGUCCUCUUUCAUUUAGAGUGAGAGAUGAAGUCCGGCCAGAAAUAAGUUGGCAGAUUUUAACUGAUAGACAACUUUUAAACCUCUUUUUAAAUUUUUUUUAUGAAUUUUAAUUCUCCACCUCCACUACUUCAACUAUACCACCCUCUAUAAUAUAUUUGCUGUCUCAAACUGAAAGUCUUUGUAAUUUUACUUAUCUUCUCACCAUCUGAAUCACUAAAUAUUUCUCACUAUUACCUGAUCUUUUAUUUUAAAUUUCUUCUGUCUUUCUCUGUCGGUACCAUGAGACCUGAAAGGAACCCUUUAGACCUCAACAAUUUGCCUGAUGAUUAUAGCUCUAGAGACCAUGGUAAACAAGUCUUUGAUGAUAGCUCUUCUUCGGGAGGAGGCUAUAGGAAGAAGAAAAGCGGCGCUAAGGAUGGGAAAGAUGAGUGUGGUAAAGUCUACGAGUGUAGGUUUUGUUCCCUUAAGUUCUGCAAAUCUCAAGCUCUUGGUGGCCACAUGAACCGACAUAGACAAGAAAGAGAGACAGAGACACUGAACCGUGCUCGCCAGUUGGUCUUCAAUAGUGAAAACCUAGUUGCUCAAGCUCCUCCUCCUCAUCUAGGCAGUUGCCACAUUGUAGAUCCAUAUAGAUCAGUAUACCCACCGGCAUCAAGACUAUUCACCGGAUCUUCAUCAACAAUCUUACCACCACCGCCGCCGCCGCAGCCGCCAUAUCUCUACACAUCCCCAUCUCGAAUCCCAUCACAAUAUCCUCAACAACAACCCAUUAACGAUUACUACAUCGGCCAUGUCAUUAACAGUAACACCACAUCACAAGCAUACCCUAUGAACUACAACAUAGGAGCAGCUAAUAAUUCAUCCCAUCAAGAAUCAAAUUUCACCUGCAUUGGUGCACCAGUAGGUCACGGCGGGUUCGGCGCAAGCCGGGGAGGUAGACCGGAGAGAGACGGGUCGUUGAGCAACCAAGAAGAAGAGUUAGUGAACUGGGGAAGAAGCUAUACAACAGCAGCAGCAGCAGCAGCAGCAGGAGGAGUGCAGCGUUUGGAUGGUAGUUCAUCGAUCAAUCGGUUUCAUCAAGAUGGGUUUUGAGUUCACAAAAGAUUUGACAUUGAUUACAUGAAAUUCAUUGUUGGUGGUGAUGAUGAUGAGUAUAAAAAUGGCGUGGUUGGACACGGCAGGCAGAGAGAAAGAGAGGGACCUAACGAAGCUGACAAAUGGGGUCAUGCAAAGAAGGGUUCGAGUUUAGGGUUGAGUUAGGGUUAGGUUAUAUGUACAGGCAGGGAUUGGUGCAGCUUUCUGAGCUCAUUCACACUCUCAGCUAGUUUGGCUCGAAGCAGAUUUAAGGGAUUGGAUGGGUUUCUUUUUGUAAUUGUGUACUGUCCCUGUGAAUCGAAGUGGACUUGAGCUGCUUCUGUGGGACAAAUACUUAGAUUUCAACUCAAAGUUCCUAACUCCUUUUUGCA